AUGGAGUGUGGGGCACAUGUAUUGAGUUGGGUGCUUUUGGUCGCUGCUGGGCACACAGAACCUCAGUUGGGUACACAGCUCCCCAGUUGGGCAAGUUGGGUGUCGAUCAACGCGUGUGUACAAGUGAAGGGUGGAUCCGCUCCUACGUUUGUAUUGGGGAUUACUACAGCUCGAUUGGUGCACAAUCAUCACAUCAACAAGCACAAGCUCAACCAGUACCCGCACAACCGAAUCGCUUUGGAACCGGACGUGGUUUACACUGUGAAUGAGCUUCGGAGGGCAGGUGUCAAAAAGAACAUACUCAAGUACAUCCACGAGAACUCUGCCUGUAACCCCACCAAUCAAGAUGUACACAACCUAGUGCGAACGUUAAGGAAGCGCGAGAAUACUUCCACCACGAGUGCGAAACGACUAAAGAAGUGGAUGAUCGAAUUCUCCGAGGAGCCUGGAAACGUUGGUCUCAUCUUCGUAGAUUCGGUGCAUGAUAAGACGGUCGCCACUUGUAUCACGUUGCAGACCAAACACAUGCGUGAGUUGUUUAAUAUGUUCCCUGAUGUAUUAAUGAUCGAUGCCACGCACGGGACGAUUGCAUCCAAAUACAAGGUGUUCUCGAUAAUGGCCCAUGACGUAUUUGGAAAAGGAGUCAAGAAGAAUAACCCCGCCUGGACACGGAUCAAGUGCAUUCUGAUUGACAAGUAUUUUACUGAGACAUCCGUGCUCAAGGUCGCGCUUCCGGAUGCUAUGGUACUUCUGAGCCAGUUUCAUGUCAUUAAAUAUUUGCAGGAAAAGAUAUCAAGCGCCGAAUACGGUUUCAUCUCGUGGCAGAAACAACAUCUGCAUGGGAUCGUGAGUCUAUUGGUGUACGCGUGGACUGAGCACGAGUUUGAGAAGUAUAGUAAGUACAUGCGCCAUAUCAUGAGCGUUGGACGCGGUGCUGUAUCUCGUUCUUCUGGAUUCGAAUCCAACAUACGGCAAUUGGGGGCUGAUAGUGACGAGUUGGGCACAGAUUAA